AUGACGUCCUACCAGUGGCUGAUUCUGCGCGUCCGAGCGCCCACCACAAAACCCGAGGUCGAAGAGACAGUCGCUCGUCGUCGUAUGUGUUGCAGACCCACAUGGCCUUCCACACUCUGUUUCCGCAGGAUUGAGGAGCUGUGGGAGAUGAGCGUCGCAAGCGUCACAGUCAGACCACUGACUCCACUGACGCCGCGGCAGCUGCGCCCUUGGAACCUGCCUUGGAGCCUGCCGAGUGCACUUCCGGAAGUGCCACCUCCGGUGCACUUGCCGGCACUUCCGGCCUGGCCAAGUGGGGCCAAGAGCGCAUCCUCAAGGUUCUCAGGCAGGGGGGGAAAGCACGGGGAGAAAGGGAACAAAAGGGGUAAGGCAGAGCUGCCGGGGCGCCUAUACCUGCAAGGCAGGGACCAUCCCUUGACAGCGGUGGCAACGGGGUGCUUGCUUCUCAGGUGGAUCUCUGCAUCGGUCGUUGUGUUUAUCCUUGUUUGUGCGAGUCCAUGCGCCACCGACUGUGCUUGCAACUGUGCAGGCACCGGCCGCGAAGCCGGAGCUUUGCUGUGCAGGCGGCAGAAGGAAGGGAAGGAAGGGAAGGAGAAGGAAGGGAAGGAGAAGGAAGGGAAGGAGAAGGAAGGGAAGGGGAAGGAAGGGAAGGAAAGGGAGGGAAGGCCAAAGAAGCCGAAAGGGCUGCGCGAGCCCUACUCGGGCGCCUUCCCGGCCUUCCCGACCUUCCCGGCCCCGACCUCGAGGCGCAGAGGGACGACUGAGAGGCGCCGGCUGCCCAUCCUUCAAGCCGCAGCACGGCCGAUUCGACCCCCCGUGCAGGUCAGCUCAGCCAAAGAGAGCCGCAGAGCCGAUGCAGCGCACUUUCGAAGCGAGUUGAAAGGUGACGACGUGGAGGUAGUGCCAGACACCGUGCCUGGCGCCUCGGAGGCCAACUUCGCCCGCAUCUAUGCUCGCGAGGAGUGGGGCAAGGGUGCGAGGUCGGGUUUGGGCUCGCGCGAAGAGACGACCCGCGAGUUCCGGGCCUUCUUGGAGGCCUUCCUCCGUGAUCACUCGGUUCGCUCCGUGGUGGAUGCAGGCUGCGGCCACUGGCCCUCGGGGUACCAGCGGUUUAUGGACUGGCAGGGUGUGCAUUACACUGGCGUGGACGUCGUGCCGUAUGUGGUGGAGGAGAAUGCCGCGUACUUCCAGGAUGGUUCGAUGCUCUCCUCCCAUGGGCUCUCAACUGCGCGAUCCCUUUGUGGGGAUGUUUCUGAGCAACUUCCCCCAGGGGAUCUUCUGCUAGUGAAGGAUGUGCUAAUGCACCUGCCUAACCGAGCAGUGCACAGCUUCCUUAAGGAGAGUGUGAACUCAGAUGCUCCCAAGUACCGUCUGGUGAUGCCAGUGCCUGAGGGGGAGGCUUGCGGGUUCCUAGACAAUGCUGCUGGAAAGAAGCUGGUGCAGAAUGAAGUGCCUCCCGUUGCCAUCCGGGACAUGGUCGACAUUGAGCCAGGGCAGCUUCUGCCCUUCGACAUCUCGCUGCCGCCCUUCGCUGCGCGCUUCGAGCCGGUGUUCCGCUGGAAGAGCGACGAGCCGAAGGUGGUGCAGCUUUGGAGAGCUGCGAGCGGAUGA